CAAAACCCUCUCACUCCCUCUCUCUUUCUUCUUUCUCACACCUGCUCCAGUCCAUCCCUGAAUUUGGAAAUUCUUUUGGGGCUUCGAUCUACGGUACCAUGUUUUUGCUGGAUUGGUUCUAUGGAGUUCUGGCGUCGCUCGGAUUGUGGCAGAAGGAAGCUAAGAUCUUGUUUUUAGGCCUCGAUAAUGCCGGCAAAACCACUUUGCUUCAUAUGCUCAAAGACGAGAGAUUAGUCCAACAUCAACCGACACAGUAUCCAACAUCCGAGGAAUUGAGUAUUGGGAAAAUCAAGUUCAAGGCUUUUGAUUUGGGUGGCCAUCAGAUUGCCCGUAGAGUUUGGAAAGAUUAUUAUGCCAAGGUGGAUGCGGUUGUUUAUCUGGUGGAUUCUUGUGAUAAGGAGAGAUUCGCAGAGACAAAAAAAGAGCUGGAUGCUCUCCUCUCCGACGAGGCAUUGAUGGAUGUUCCAUUCCUUGUUUUGGGAAACAAGAUCGAUAUCCCAUAUGCUGCUUCGGAAGACGAGCUGCGUUGUAACCUGGGUCUGACCAACUUCACCACAGGCAAGGGUAAGGUAAACUUGGCAGAUUCAAAUGUCCGCCCCCUUGAGGUGUUCAUGUGCAGCAUUGUGAGGAAAAUGGGCUACGGAGAUGGUUUCAAGUGGCUUUCUCAGUACAUUAAGUAGAGGGCUCUGGGACAGUACAAGCAAAGCUUUGGUUUAUGGUGCCCAAUUGUUAUUUUCAUAUUAAACCCAGCUGUUGUUAUUGGGGAUGGUUCAAUUUGUUAUUUUGAUGAAAUGGCAAAAACACCCCCAUCCCAUGCCUUUGGUGAACAAUCAAGUUCUCUCAAAUUACCUAAAAACUUUCUUAUUCUUUCUCA